AUGGCAAACCUCGAAGCUGUAAUCUCUGGAAAGACACGCGAUGUCGCAAUCAUAAUCUUGACAAAGCAUUCCGAAGAGGAAGCGGAAGGAGUGUUAGCCAAGCACGAAGAACUUGGUCAGUUCUGUGAGGAAAACUUUCCCAUGCUCGUCCGAAUGAUCUUCGGUGAAUUCGAACAGAUGCCCUACAACUCUGAGAUUCGCCAUCUCUUAUUCCGCAUUAUCUCCAUCAAGUUUGACGAUCAAUCCAGACGACCGUUCGAGCAAAUCGACAACGGACCAAGGCAAUAUGCCCUCUGGCUCAAAGAAUUCAUUGAGCGAAGCGAAGACAGAGCACUUCCCGAAAUCCCUUACACUAUCCAAACGCUGCAGUAUAUUCGGCGUUUGUUAGAAUCCAUUGAGUUUUGGAUUCGACGUAUCCACCUUGAUAGAUCUAAGACGUACAAACUUGGGAGUGCUGCCAGGACCAUGGAACUCGUUCUCUAUCACCACUUAGAUAAUGAGGACGAACAUUCAUUCAACAGGAUCGAGUCUUACCGCAUUCGCCGAGCACUUUUGAUCUAUCAGCUUUACUGCAUGCUGUUUCGCCACUCCAAGCGCCGUUACGGCAUGUUCCCCCAACGGCGUAUUCCUGAGCAGAUGCUCUUCUUGCAAUCAUUGCAGCCCUUUCUACUAAAGGAAUUGGAUGCCGUCUAUGGAAUGGUCGAAUGCCAUUUAGCUGCAAUCUGGCGCAUGGGUACGUCAAUUUGUCGGAAGGCCACGCCGCUGCACCCCGGGCUUUUUGCCGUACCCAGCGGUAGCAGGCUUGAAUACAUCAUGGGCUUGGGUCUGCUUGGAAUCAAAAGAUUGCUACUGCAUGAUGAGUUCCAUGCGGGCUUAGACGCAUCUGACGAAGACGUCAUAGAUGACUAUGACUGCUGGGGUAGGGAGUUUCCAGGAGAUCUUACAGAAGGAUUUUUCACGAGGCCUUUGAGGUAUUGUUACGAGAGAUCUCAAGGCGAAGACAGAAUUAUCAUACCCAACAUGGUGUCGCCAUUUAUGGCACGUUGGCAAGGCGCACCAGACGGAGCGAACGGCCCGUCUUGGCUAGCUAGAUCGUUUUCUGAUCCGAGUACGUCGUUGGGAAUACGUGAAAAAAUCGUGGCAUUGAUUGAUACUGACCCCCACAACUGGAAUGGACUCGCCUUCUGGGAAGAGAACCGUCUUAUUCGCCACUUCCAGCUCUUGCGGUCUGACUCGGUCAUCGGUCAAGCCUUCCCUAUCGCGGACCACAACACUACCCGCAAUGCUGCAGACAGAAACCGCGAGGAAAGGUUCAGAGAGAUGGACCCCCGCACUGCAUCGUAUCAUCAUCGACAUUUAUCCUUCACCCAAUCGAAGCUCCUGGCAUUACGGCAUCCUAUCGACAAAUAUCUCAACUCGAUCAUUCUCCACGGUCCAGAUGUCUCUAGUUCUCACUGA